UCGCUGAGGAGGUCACGGAUCAUGUGACGGCCCUUGCAGAGGAAGCUGUCCCUGAAGUGACAGUGGAGAGAACCCGGCAGUCCAGAAACCCAGGAGUGGAGGUUGAUCCUGCGAGAGGGGUUCAUCAUGGCUGAUGACCUAAAGCGAUUCCUGUAUAAAAAGUUACCAAGUGUUGAAGGGCUCCAUGCUAUUGUUGUGUCAGAUAGAGAUGGAGUACCUGUUAUUAAAGUGGCCAAUGACAAUGCUCCAGAGCAUGCUUUGAGACCUGGUUUCUUGUCUACUUUUGCGCUUGCAACAGACCAAGGGAGCAAACUUGGACUUUCAAAAAAUAAAAGUAUCAUCUGUUACUAUAACACCUACCAGGUGGUUCAAUUUAAUCGAUUGCCUUUGGUGGUGAGUUUCAUAGCAAGCAGCAAUGCCAAUACAGGACUAAUUGUCAGCCUAGAAAAGGAACUUGCUCCAUUAUUUGAAGAAUUGAGACAAGUAGUGGAAGUUUCUUAAAAUGACACUGGUUCUGAUGCGUUCCUUAUCUUUAUUAUAACACCACAAUAUCAAUUCAGCAAUCUUCAGACCACAAUAAUACUUGUAUCCAUGUACUCAAGAAAGGGCCCCUUUCUACUUUAUACUAAAGAAAGAGCCUAUAGAUAUAAUUUAUAAACAGGUUGAUUGUUUUAAUUCCUUGUGUAGGGUCUUUUCUUAUUUAGUGAGAUCUGGGGAUACCACAAUAAUGGUUCAGUCUAUCAUAGCUCCCAUGGAGUUAGUCCAGUCACCAAAUAUGGAUGAGAUUCUAUUCAGAUUAGAAUCAAAAUGGUAUGGUGAUCCACUUGAGCCAUGAAGUGCCCCCUACUGUACAAUAUGUCCAGGCCUGCUGAUGGAGACCAUUUUUAUUGUGAAUAGUAAGGACAUAUUUUUCUUCAGAUUAUGUUUUAUUUCUUUGCAUUGAGUAAGAGAAAGAUAAAAUGGCUUAGCAAAAGUAAUAAAAUCAGUACAAU